AUGAGGGCUCGACCUCCAGAGCCGAAGAGUCUUCCAGAUUUGGUGUCGUCUGUGUCACGCGACGAGCCGUCCAACACUUCGCAGAACUACUACUCGAGUCAGUCGGUGUCCAACGCCGGCGCUUACGGCUCCGGACAGUCGUUUGAUUUCGCCAAAACACAACAGGCGGUCGCAGCCGCGCAACAGUUGGCCAGUUAUUACGGACAGCGCAACGACAGUAACGCCAACAACAGCUUCAGUCAAUUGCAAUACACGUCGACUCCAGGUUCGGCUUUCGUUUCCUCUACCCUUCCUUUCACUCAACAAAUACAACAAAACCUUUUGUCUACUCAAUCGCGAACCGCCACUCAAAACAAUUACAAGUCGAGCGCUUCGCGAUGGGAGCGCGAAGAGCGACCCAAUCGGGCCGCCGAUGACCGGUUCCGCGCGCGAGACAACGAUCGGCCCUCUCGUCUGAAUGACGCGAAAGGUAAGCGAAACGAUUCGCGCGAUCGAAACAUUGUGUCCAAAGAAGGAAGAGAUGAGUUCGGACGCGACCUCAGAGGCGGAGAGCGCAACAAAGAGAAGGACAAAGAGCGCGAACGCGAACGACCAGAGCGUCGGGUCAGACGCUCAGAGUCUCCCGCGAAUAGUAUCGGCAGUCAGAACGUGGUUCGAGCGGUCAGACGCCGCUACGAACCCGUCAAUAUCCCAAAGUUGGCUAUUCUUAAGACUCCUCUCAACGUAUAUGACAUCAAACAGAGAUAUUCUGCGAAUCUUCACAUUCCCUCUGAUCUAAAGGAAGUGAUUGUAAAUUCAAACUUUACUCUCAAUAUCAAUGAUAUCCCAAAACCCAUCACUUUUAGAGUGAUUGAAGUGAAAGACGACAACAAGAAGAAAGAGGUGUCGAAAAAGACUGAUUCGCCGAAAGAGAAUAAAGAGAAGGCAACUAAAGAAGGAGAUAAAAGUGAAACCAAAGAGGAAGCCGAAGAGGAAAGCAAAACUGAAAUUUGCAAAGAAAGCGACGAAACUAAUGCCAAGACUGAUGGCAAAGACAAGCCUUCAUCUGUUGAUCAUCCGAUUGUAUCGAAGACUACGUAUAAAUACGGCGUCAAAGUCCUCAUCAUUUCAUUGCCAUCGAUGAGCGAUAUCUACGACCGAAUGUUUGGCUCAGAUUUCGACGCCAUUAGUACCGGAAGUAAAUCAUAUUUUUUGCAUUUCAACAAACUUUUGGCGUUUUUGGUCUCGAGAAACACAAACGACGGCUUUUCUCUGAUCGGCGGUAAAUUCAACGCCCAAAUAGACGGCUAUUUACCCGAUUCCGAAGAACCAAAUCUGAUCGCAACAGCGGUUCGUUUGGUCGGCGAACAAACGGGAAUGAAUUUGUCUAAAUGCGCGAAAUGGAGAUUAAUCGCCACUUUUGUUUACAAUCGCGACAACUCUGUGGACCCAAUGACUCCGAGUCUUGAGAUCAAUCGAGUGUUUAUGCCUGACGUUUGGUCUGCUUUUGAUGGCAUUUACGACAAACAGCCGAAAAACAUCAAUGAUUUAGAAAAUGAUAAUCAAUUUGAAACUGUUUUAAAUAAUGAAAACUUAGAAAAUAAUAGUGAAGUUAUUGAUACUACUAAUGAUAAAAAUGAGUUAAUCAGUACUGAAGACAACGGUUCUCGUGACGAACCACAGACGACACCAAAUCUGGAAGACUCGUCGGCUCUGGAGGUCGAGCCCUCAUCUGACUCUGCUAUCAAUUUGCUUCAAUCCGAGACAAUCGCUUCACAGCCCAUGGAUUCUACCGCUAUUGUUGAAACCACGGCCAGUGUUGACACCACUUGUCCUCCUCCUGAAGCAUCAGAUCAGUUGCCUUUGGAUCCAAACACUUCAUCGGAAGCAGCAAUUGUUGAUAACUCAGCUCUCGAUUCUACUCUGGAAUCGCAGGACAACGACUUGUCUAACGUUGAAUCAGGACUUCAGACCUCAAACACAACAAACGAUAUUUCAUUAGACGAAACGGCGGCCCAAAAGGCCAUUUCUUCGGGUGAUGUUUCAGAGUUGCAUCGAUUGCUUGAGAGUAUAAAUGACUUGAAAGUCGCAGAAUUGCGGGCAGAGCUCGAGAAACGGGGCGCACGUCUUAAGGGUAAUCACAAAAAGGCGGAUCUCAUCAAUAAAUUGCGACAACUUAUCACUCAACUGCUCGAAGACGAAGACGUUGUGAGCGAUGACGUUAAGAACGAUUGGUGGGCGCAGAGAAUUCUCAGCAAAGAGAACGCCGCCACCGAUGACCAGACUAAGGCCGAAGAGGCCACUGAACCGACACAAACUGAUCCCAUUGUUGACACUAAUUCUUCUGUCGUUUGUGAAGAGAAUAACACAAACGAAACAAAUGAUGUCAUAAUGAUUGAGGACGAGAAGGAAGGCGUUCAGAAUGAGGAACAAAUGGUCAUUGAUUUAGUCGACGAUAAGACCAAUGAUUCCAAACCAAAUGAUGUGACCAUUGAGGACACACCAAACGGGUCACAAAGAACGGUUAAACGCAAGAAUGAUUCUCAAUCACCGAAGGAAUCAAAGAAAGCCAAGAAUAUAGAAGUGGCUCCAGAAGUGAUUCCGACAAAAGUGACCGAUGGAUGCGUUUAUGUGAAGGGAGGCGAGAAUCUGACUGUCAUUACACUUCACGAAGCGUUGAAUCAUCAGCGAUACGAUCAGUUUGAGAUGUCAAUUGUUUCCGAAGUGAUUAGAGAGUCUUUGAUCCAUCAUUUUUCGCACUAUAUUUUGUCGACUUUAAUCCAUAACUACAAGAAUCCCGUCUCGAAGGACGAGAAGAGUGCGGAAACGGCGAAACCGACUCCAAUGCCUAUAAACUACGUCCACCUGUCGUUUGCAUACUUCGAUUCCAGUCAUUGCGGACACAUUUUGGCCGACGAUUUGACAAAACUAUUAAAUAACGCGAAUUUCACUCUUUCGCGAAAAGCUUUCAAUCUUCUGAUGAGUACUGAAGACAAGGUUUUAUACCGAGACUUAUGCGAACCCAAAGAAUUGCUUACUGUCACCAAAACGACGAGUGCUGUGAACACGCAAAAGGCCGACGACGACGCCUCUCAGGCAUCAAAUGUGAGGAUCUAUGAGAAGAACGGAACCGUUUAUGACAUGGAAUUACUGAUCGAUCAGUCGGAAAAAGAUGAGGCCUUGAAAGUGAGACUCAAUGAAGAGUUGAUCGCAAAUCAGGAGAAAAUUUCGCAAUUGAAUGAAUACAUACAGGAGUUGGAGGCGAGACAGAAGAAGAUGACGACCGCAACAGAGAAACAAAAUGACGAAAUCUGUUCAUUUAAGCGACAAAAGGAAACCAUGAAAACUAAGUACGAAUCGAUGAAAAAAGCUGUCGAAGCAUCGGUUCUGGCGUUCAAUAAAGUUCUGGAGAAAGAGACCGAAGAAAAUAAAUAAUUCAUUAUUUUAAGUGUUUUAUUAUAAAAACCUAAAAUCAUUUGUGUUUUGAAUUUUGCAUUAUAUUUAAUAAGAUAGACAUUAUUUCGUAAAUUUCUUGAUUUAAACUAUAUUUUAACGUUAUUUUGUAAUUCAUUAACGAAACAAUUAUUUCUACAAUUAUUAGAAACCAAUAAUAAUUAAAUUUAUUCAUUUGUAUUCUUGUCGUAAAAGCAUAUCUAAAACUAAUAGUAUAUUUGAAAUGACAAUAAUUAUCAAUAAAAUGAUUUAUAGCUUAAAAA